UUUCAGGGUUUCAUAAAACAUAAAUUUCCCUGCUCCCUUAGUGCCUGGUUUCCCCCGGAAAGGCCGUCACUUCCUACCAGCUUUGUGUGUACCCUUCCUGAGAACAUGUGUGAGCAGGCUCAGGUACUCUGCACGCGUGUCGUGCAGCUGUGUUGAGAGUGCUUGGGCCAUUGCACUGCCUCUUACAUGUCCUGUUUCCUUACGUGCAUGUGUCAGGCCACGUGAACUAUCCUGCACCCUGCUUUUUUCCACUAAACACGGUUUAGAGAUACUGGUGUCUUUACAGCUUCCUCACUGUUCUCAUGGCUGCAUAAUUACUGUUACAUGGACGUACUGUGGCUUACUUAACCAGCCCCCUGUAAAGGGCUGUUCGCUCUGAUGGUCAUGUCCAGUGCCUGUGUAUGCGUAUCUGUGCACAUGUGCUAGUGGCUGUUUUAUUUGACUUCUUUUGGAGUCACUUGUGCAUGGACACACAGCCUUUCAGCACCUGACCCAGGUUUUGUAAGAUAAACCCAUGAAAGCGGUGUCACUGGCCCAGAGGGUGUGAUAUCCAUUCAUUGUCUUUUUCUUUUUUUUUUGGACCUUUCUUAUUUUGCACGUUAAAGACAUUGACAGUCCUCCCCGUGUUGGAACUGACUUCCUUGACACAGCGACCCUGCACCGCUGCCGGCCCUCCUCCCCCUUCCCUGGCGAGGCCUCCAGCACGGCCUCACUUCUCAUGACUCAGCAGGCGGGCACCCCGCCAGCUGCGUCUUUGCAGAGUGAAAUCAAAGGGAAAGGCACAGAGGGCGAAGCCCAGGGGAACCAGUGCCCAGCGGAGUCCCACAGGUGCACCUCAGUCUCCCAGCAGCUAGCUGGACAGCACGUAUGAAGCGUUACCCCCCAGGGAAGCGCCUCAGACUCACUGCCCAGGGUUUUUAUUGAGGGCUGGCCGCACAUGGACAGCCCCUGCCCGGCACGGACCAAAAUUCCAGACUCCUGGCAGGAGGGCAGGGGUUUAGCGUAAACCAUACUGUUCGCACAAGCCGUUUUGGUAAGUAACCCACCCUUCUCAGGUAGCGGGUGGGCGCCAUCUCCAAAUCCAGUUCCAGACACCAGCCGAGGGCUGACCUUGGAAGGAGGCCUCUCAGAGACCACGGCCAGGUCUGCUUGGUGAACCCCUGUGCACCCCCUAAUUUGACAGGCCGCUGAGGCUUUGCACCUGACCGUGCUCUCAGUGUAUCUCCCGUGAUGUCGUGAGUGACUGUCUCUCCUCUGACUGUGAAGUAUGAGUUCUGGUCACUUACUCAGUGUUAGCCCCGAGUCUCCCCCUCAGGGUGGUAGGCUGUCCUGCCAGCCCUUCAUGCCGACAGCGUUCAGCGUGAACUCGCCAUCUUCCUUCUGAGAUCGCUUUCCUCCCCAGUUGUACUGCUGUAGGUAGUGGCCCCAUGUGGACAGUUUCCUUUGAAGUAUUUCUUGUAUCUGCGUCCUCCCACCCCCUCAGUGUCUCCUGCUAUCAGCCCAGAUUAUGUCCUCAUCCCCAGGCUUGCUGGAAGUUGUCCCCAAAAACCCCCUGCCCUCCAGCUAAUUAUACCCCCACUGGAUUGCUGUUCCCAAACCCACUGUCAGAAUUUCACUCUAAAACCUGGCCCUGGCUCCGUGUUUAACUGCUUCCUUCCUAGUUGCUGUCUCCCAGGUGCGUUUUGUCUUCUCCUGCCUCUGCUUUUGCAAGGUGACAUCUCUGCCUGAACUGGCUUCCUCUCUGCCUAACUUCUUCCCCGCUCACGCCGUGCCUCCUUCCUAAACUGUCUUCGGCUGCCUCAGAAUUCUUUAUACAGUUUUCUGAAGCGUUUAUUUGACACCUACUGCCCCGCUUUUUUGUGGUGAAACAGUCAGGGUUUGUAGUUGCAAGCACAGAGACCAGUCUCCAACUGAAGUAGAAAAGGGAUGUGCCGGGUGGCACUGAGGAGUCUCGGGUCUUCAGUAGGCAGGACUGAAGAGCCAGGCUCGGCAGCCAGACAGCCACAGACGGCAGCCCCACCCGCGCUCCUGUCACACCGGCUGCCGCCACUGGUCGCGUCACAGGGGCCUGACCGGCUCGGGCACGGGGCUCUGGGUGGCCGCAGGUGAGGUGAGAGGCUUAGGGCCCGGGAAGGGCGGUGGGGUCUGUGACUGACACGGGGGUGCUGAACGCAGCCCGCCUGAGCUGUCGUGAGGUUGGGUGUGACCCGGCUGUUGGGUUGUUAGGGCAGACGCGCCAGUGAAGAGUGUCCAUCUGCUGAGGGCUGGCAGGCGGGCAUCGGGGAGCCCAUGCGUGGGGGCCACUGGGCCUGGCAGGCCGCCCGCUGGCCGCCCGCCCCCUCCCUUGCCAUAGGAGCAGUGGUUGUGAGCGGGCGAGCGGGCCGCGGGGCGUCUGCCUGCUUCCGUGGUCCGGAAGUGCCGAGUACUGCUGCCGGGACUCGAGGUGCUUCCCGAGGCAGAGAGCGGUCACCCGGACAACUGAAACGGCAAAUGGCCGAACUCUGCAACACGGCUGCUGCUCAGGAACAACGUAUUAACAGUUGCAGCAGUCUGUCAGCAGUGACGGAGUCGAUGACGGCCUCAAAAAGCUCUUCCCAACCUUGAAACUAAAUAUAUAAUAAAAUGUCUGUGGUUAUAAACAUCGUAAGUGCUUAUUACAGAAAUCGGGAAAAGCCAGUCCAGAGAGGGGUGUGGUUACCUCCAGCGCUCAUCGCUGUUACUUCGGCCUGGGCUUCGUGACACUCACAGAAAUGGAUUCCUGAAUAAAAUAGUAAGAUACUUAAAGAAAAGACAUCUGGAAAAUAAGUGAAGAAAAUUAGAAUCUCAUCCUUCAGGAAAACCACUGCAGCACUUGUGGCUGACUUCCUUACAGUGUUCGCUCUUUCCUGCUCAGCGCUUACUGUUACUGGAGACCAGCCGUCUAGUUUUGCAGGCCACUUUCUCACGAAUGCUUGUAUCACCAGUGUUUUUGUGUUACUAAAUAGUCUGCAUAAGUAUGAGUUGAACGUAUACAAACAUUCAAAGUUACAAAAACUGUUCUCAUUUUAUUGAGAGAUUUAGAGCGUGGAAGGUCCUGCUCUUCUUGUCCUCGGGCCGAGGCCCCGAAGAUCGGGGUGGAGGAGUAGUGCCUCCCACGUUCCCUGCACACAGAACCGUCCGCUCUGGUGUGCAGCUGGAGCCUUGCUCUGCUCGCCCACCCAGCCUGCCCUCGGCAGCCGCUCGUCUCGUUACUCACCUGCAGGUGCCUGGCCUCCCACAGCCCAGUUUGUGGGCUGGUGAGAGCGCCUUCAUCCCUAGUGAUUACUGGCCAUCUCUCGACCUGUGUCCUGGAUGUAAAGGUGACGGCCAUGUCCUGCCCUGCACAGCUGACAGUCCAGGGAAUCCCCUACGUCGGGACCAUUUCUGAGCCGCUGGAGCCUGGAACUUCGAUUGUACUACGUGGGCACGUCCCUGGUGACUCAGACAGAUUCCAGGUGGACCUGCAGUGUGGCAGCAGCGUGAAGCCCCGGGCGGACGUGGCCUUUCACUUCAACCCACGGUUCAAAAGGGCCAACUGCAUUGUUUGCAACACUCUGAGAAAUGAAAAGUGGGGGUGGGAAGAGAUCACCUACGACAUGCCUUUCAAAAAGGAAGAGUCUUUUGAAAUCGUGAUCAUGGUCCUGAAAGAGAAAUUCCAGGUGGCCGUCAAUGGCAGACACAUCCUGCUGUACGCACACCGCAUCCCCCUGGACAAGGUAGACACGCUGGGCAUCCGCGGCCAGGUGACCAUUCGCUCCGUCGGCUUUUGUUUCAGCCCGGUACCAAAGUCUGACAUGCCGCAGUUUACCCUGCCCUAUGUGGCGAAGUUGAACUCCUCCAUGGGCCCUGGACGGACGGUCGUCAUUAAAGGAGAAGUGAACACAUGCGCCAAAGGCUUUAAUGUUAAUCUACGCUCAGCAAAAUCCAGGGCGAUUGCUCUCCACCUGAACCCACGCCUCAACAGUAAAGCGUUCGUGAGGAAUUCGUUUCUUCAGGAGUCCUGGGGAGAAGAAGAGAGAAAUAUUACCUGCUUUCCAUUUAGUCCUGGGAUGUACUUUGAGAUGAUAAUUUAUUGUGACGUGAGAGACUUCAAGGUGGCAGUGAACGGCGCACACAGCCUGGAGUACAAGCACAGGUUCAAGGAGCUCGGUGACGUCGACACGCUGGAGGUUGACGGCGACAUCCGCUUGCUGGAAGUGAGGAGCUGGUAGCCGCCCGCCUGCCCGCCCGCUGCAGAAGCUGAAAUACAGAGUGGCUUCCGUAACACUGGCCUGGCUGGCGUGCGUCUCCCCGGCACGGCACGGUUCAUGUACACUGUUAACUAGCGAGCUUGCAGAGUUCGGUCCCCGCACCCGGCCGUGCCGGGCAGGGCGGCGUCGUGUAGCAGAGUCUGAGUAGCACCUUCUCGCCGUUACCGAGGCCUCUCCCCUCCCCUGGCCUCCCCUGCUUAGACCCACUUCACUGAGCGCUCCCCUGCCAGCUGUGUGCUGGGAGCCCCCGGGCUCCCUGCUCUGCUGAGCUCAGACCCUCCUUUGCCAUCGCACCAUUGUUUCCUUUUCAGGCACUACAUAAACUCACCAGGGACUUGAGAGGAUCACUCUUAAAUCACCUAAAGACACUAGUUACAGGGCGACCGCUCACACCCAGGCUCAGCCACGUCCCGUAACCGAAAGACUUGCACCUGGCGGUUUUCUUUAGCACCGUUCUUAGCUCUACUAGCCGCAAGCGUUACUGAGUCAUUAACACGAUGAACUCAACACAGCACGAGAAGGCAAAAAAAAGCUGUUUGGCAAACAAACCAAAUGGCGUUGAGAUUUACUUGCUGUCAAUCUCAAGGCCUCUGCUUUCCGCACCAGUAACUGCUCAUUUUAGAUGCUGGCACUGACGCAAGCCAGACGCCUGCACGCACUCUACACAAAGUUCAAGGUGGGAGCAAGACGAAUUCAACGUGUACAGUUUUACGGGAAACAGGGCAGUGUCAGGAUUAGACUGAUCGACGAGGCAGGCCCCACCAGGUGACCUUGCCUGGCGAGAGGCAGCACAAGCCCGCCCCGUGCAAACCAGCUCAGCCCUGCGCUUCCGAGCGCGGCCCCGUCACCGUUAGCACCUGAGAUCAGAACAGCGCCCCGCUUUGAUUAAAUCAGACCUGUGCCAGCAAGUCGGUGCUGCGCUGCUGGGAUGUUUUGUUGCUCUUUGAAGAGAGCUGGCAGGUCUUUGUAGAAUUCUUACAGGUCAGGUCUCGUUGCAGGAAACUUCAAAGGCUUGGGACGGGGAGGUAAACAGCUCAGUCAGAUCAUCUUAUGGUAAAUUGCUGGGCUGAACUGGCCAGGAUUUGGGGGAACACCGUUGUAACAGUUUUUGGUUAGGCGUGAUUUGUAAUAAUAACGUCUAUUACCAAUCUUUCAGCACUAAUGCUUUCCCACCUUUUCCUGUUAUUUUAUUGUGCUGAGUUAUGCAAGCUUAAAAAAAAAAUGGAGGGGGAACGUUGGGAAAGUUGUGAAAGGCAAGAAGGGGGUAAAAUCCCCCAGGGCUAUUUUUCCCUUCACAAAAGAACAUCUGACGACACAGGUUUUGGUCUUUGGUCUUUCAGACUAAGCCUCUUUAAACUUCCUUAGCAACACAUCUGAUAAAAGCUGAGCUCUUUGCAAAAAAAAAAAAAACCACCAGAGGGCAUGGCAGGAA